CCAAGUACAAAUACAUGGGCCUGGGAACAACGUUAUGGGCCGGGUUGCUUCAAAAUAACCGAUCGUAGUUGCUACACAGCAGCCAACAUCUCGAGACUUUUCUGGGUGGUAGGAAAUCUACGGGAAGAAGAAGAAGAAAAAAAGAUGGCGGUAAUGGGGAAAUUGAGAAUGUUCGUGGUUCAAGAACCAGUCGUGGCUGCCUCUUGUCUCAUCGCUGGAUUCGGCCUCUUCCUUCCUGCGGUUGUAAGGCCUAUUCUGGACUCUUUUGAAUCAUCCAAGCAAGUUCCGGCAGCUCCUUUAAGCGAUGUGGUUGCGGGUAUGACUGGUAAAAAACAAGGAUAAGAUACUUGUGAGGUUUUAGUUUCAACCAACUCCUUGUAGGCUUAUUCCAUCCUUCUUGUUUCAUCCUGAUCAGAAGUGAAAAUAAUGUCUUCUUUUGUGGAUACUUUAAAUGUUUUGUGCAAGGGGAGGGAGACCCUCCUCAUUUGUAAACACUUGACAGAGGCAGUGCUACUUGUAUUCAAAUACCGAAUUGACUUCAGUUAUAACCUAAUCAAAUGCAUCUGAGGCUUGUCAUGA